CCCUGCGGGGGCAGUGACAAGCCGGCAUCUGAGUUGCUGAUCUCUUCACCGCCUUCCUAUGUCUCUCUUGCUGGAUCUGUUGACCUGUCUACAUAUCGUUUCUGUAGCUUCCUUGGCUCUGGAUGGCUGAUAAAGUAGGAUGUUUAGUCUGAUGGCCAAUUGCUGUAGCUGGUUAAAACAGUGGCAGGAGCCUGUCAGGAAGGUGACACUAGUGAUGGUGGGACUUGAUAAUGCUGGCAAAACUGCUACAGUGAAAGGAAUCCAAGGAGAAUCUCCUGAAGAUGUUGCUCCUACAGUUGGAUUUUCUAAGAUUGACCUUAAACAAGGAAGGUUUGAAGUCACCAUCUUUGACCUUGGAGGUGGAAAGCGAAUACGGGGCAUCUGGAAGAAUUAUUAUGCAGAGUCCUAUGGGGUAAUAUUUGUUGUGGAUUCCAGUGAUGUAGAGAGAAUGGAAGAAACUAAAGAGACCAUGAUCGAAGUAUUAAGACAUCCUAGGAUAUCAGGAAAACCUGUAUUAGUGCUAGCAAAUAAACAAGACAGAGAAGGAGCUUUGGCAGAAGCAGAUGUAAUAGAGUGUUUAUCUCUAGAAAAACUUGUCAAUGAGCAUAAAUGUCUGUGUCAAAUUGAGCCUUGCUCAGCUGUCAUGGGUUGUGGGAAAAAAAUUGACAAAUCUAUAAAAAAAGGUUUGUAUUGGCUGCUACAUAUUAUAGCAAAAGAUUUUGAUGCCUUAAAUGAGCGCAUCCAGAAAGACACUAUUGAGCAAAAAGCCUAUGAAGAACAAGAGAAACAAGAACGAGCUGAAAGGGUGAGGAAGAUACGAGAAGAAAGAGAUCAGAGGGAGAGAGAAGAAGCUGAACGUGAAGGAAGAAUUAUAACUGAUGAGGCAGAGCAUGAGCCAGUUUUGGGCAACCCUUUCCUUCCUGUAUCUGCUAUAUUCACAGAGAAUGAAAAGCAGACUGCACAAGAGAAGAAGAGGCAAAGGAAGGACAGUGAAAAGGGUGAUAUUACCUUGAAAUCUAAACCCGAGCAGGAGCAAAUGGACACACACCGCCCAACCAGCAGCAGUAGCCAAAAAACAAAUGAUUGUAAACUGAUAGAAACAUACAAAUCUGCACUAGCACAGCAGCUGGAGCAUGAAGAAGAGAGUGACCAGCAAACCUCUGAAAACCUUGACUCAGAUAACAGUAAAAAGAAAAAGAAACUAAAGUUGAAAAGGAAUCACAAGGUGGAACCAGUUAAUAUUGAGGAUACUGCUCCCAAGAAUCCAACCCCACCUCCACCUCUACCACCAGUUGGCUGGGGAACCCCCAAAGUUAAUAGACUUCGAAAACUAGAACCUCUUGGUGAAACCCGUCGUACUGAUUUUUAUGGGAAGCCUCUACCCCCACUGACUAUACGGCAAAGACCCAACAGUGAUGCCCAUGAUGUCAUUACUUAAUCGGAUCACGUGCAGCAUUUUAAAAGCAUAAUUCUAAAAUUAUAAUAUAAGUAAUUCUCCUGCUAGAAGAAAAAUUGGAUGUUGUUUAACAAGUUGCAGUGAGAUGAGACCAUAAAAUUCCAAGGAGAUUUCAGCUGCGAGUUAAUUCUACCAGACUUAAUUGACCAGAACCUCUACUUGACAUAUCAGUUACUGUUCACAUUCUCACCAGCUUUUCUUCAGGGGUUAACAUGGAGACAGAUGACAGAUAUUUUGAGAAACUUUGCAUGCAUAAAGCAUUUGGGACCAGUUUGGUACUCUUGAGCCUAUUUGCCAGAAUAGGCAACCUUUGAAGAAAAAUACCUUGUAGACUAAAUGCAGUUGAAUUACAUGUGUACAUCAAGACCAUUCUUCAGAUGCUGUGUAGUAAUCAGUAUUUUUACAGCUGAUAAUUUUAAAGCAUUUUGUAAGAUGCAUGUAUGUUAGGGUGGAUAUGGGGAAGACCUAUACAAUAAAUAUUAACUAUAUUUUUAUAUUUUUUUUAUAUUUCAUUUUGGAAUUUGAGUCAACAUGAAUGCCUGUUACUUACCAUCACACUGGUGUCUAGAAAGUUUUGGAAAUGUGAUAGCUGUAUAUGGAGGAUAUGCUUUACUCUUAUAUCUACCUUGAGAUAGCAAUACAUUUUGCUUGGGUUUUAUAUCACUAGCCCUAAAUACUCAUGUAUUGUCCUUCUGGCAGUCUACAAGGUUUUUAAGAUUAAUGGGUUUUAUCCAGAAUUAUGUUAUGAAUGAAUUUGUUUAAAAGUUUUGUUACUGAUUUGUUUUCCAUAGUUUUGCUAUAUGAGUUUGGUACACAGAGUAAAUCUGAUUUAAAAACUCUUACCUGAAUAUUUUAUUCUCUGCUAUAAAACAUUAGAAGAUUGUACACUGUAGAACUUCUUUGCACUAUUUUGCACUGAGAAUCCUGGUGGAAUCUUUUACCACGUGUAUAUUCAAUAAGCUUUAUUUAGAAAACACUGAAAUACUAUUUGGGGAAAAGUUGGAGCAGAGAUUUUUGAGCCAUCAUAAUGGGUCUAGUACAUUUUUCCAAAUAAUGUAUCCCUUGCAUAAUAAAGUAGUUAUGUGUAAACCCUGAAUGAUAGAGUUGGUUUUACUGUGGUUCCUAUAGUUGGUGUAAGCUUGUGGUCUGAUGGAGGGGGGAGCAUGUGGAGGGGAGUCAUUGCUAUCCAUUUGAGUAAUUUUACCACUUAGCUGCUGUUGACUGAAGAACCUUGCUAUAUAGUACAAUGCUAUAGUAAGUUUGAAUGUGCUUGUGCAAUGGGAGUACAGGUCGUAAAUUAAAGGAUUUUGGUGGCUUCUCUGUUGGACUGCCAGUUUUCCAUUAUGUAUAUUAGCAAAAAAAAAAAUAGUAGUCAGUACAAAUGAAGUGAAAAUAUUUAUCAGCUAUUUAAAAUUUUGGAAGUAUUGUGUUUUGUUUUAGCCAAAGGAUUGUGUUAAAGUUAAUGGGAGUAAUGCUCUCUUAGCACCUCAAGCAGGACUUUUUUUAUGUUUUUGAAAUAUUGUAUUUCAAUGAAGACAAUUGCUAACAUUGAAAAAUAACACUGGAAAGGGACAAUAUUCAAAUUCACUGAGUUACUGUAAGUAUGAAAGAGUGUGAAUGUGACUGGGAGUAAUACACGUAUGCUUCUCUGGUGUUCUAAUUCAGUGACAGAGUUCUGUUUGGGUAAAUAUUACUUUGGCUUCAUUUUGCUCACUUGCAAUAAACAGGUCUUAAUAUUUAGAAAUUGCUUAAAAGUUUACAUAAAGACGAUUGUACUAUAUUUAGCUAUGUGAUAAUACAUAUGUAGUUGGCUGAGAGGGGCAUCUAUUGCGUGUUUUCCAUUCUUCUGUCUUUUCAGCUUUCUCUCAUCUUUUAGAAAUUCUUCUUUUUACCCUUAUGAAAGAGUAAUUGAAUUCCUGACAGCUCUUUUCAAAUAAAACCAAAAACAAAAGUUUUAAGGAACUUUAACCAAAGAGAAAGUUGGUAUGGUAACUAACUUGGAGCAACUUAAACUGAAAAUGCUAAUAUUUUUUCAUAAUUUUUUUCAGCUGUUAUUGAUAAAUUUAUAUUGAUAUGAGACCAAAGUGCUGGAAAUAUUUUUUCAUAAAGUUUUGUAUAUGAAAAUGUACUGUAAGUUAUAUAUCACAUUGUUCUCUUUCUUACUUUAUAUUGCACAGGCUUUCUAUUUGCUGGGAAUCAUAUUUAUGUAUAGAAUAAAACCAAUGUAUAGAA